CUUCCCUUGAAUCAAGGUUUUCCUUAUCAACGUUCAAGAAAUCCGUGGACGACUAGACCCCUCCCCCUCCCACACACACACACACACACAUAUUUACACACGGACGCUCUAUAUUGUAAAAUCCACAAACAUUCUUUCUGUUCUCCUUCUUCUUCCUAUCCCCCUUAUCACCUUCUUCACCCAUCCAUCCAGACCCUACUCCUCAUACGUCGCUUCUCCACACAUCAUGUCACUGUCUAUCGAACAACGUGAGGAGGCCGCAAAGCUGCUGCCCAGCCUGUUGGCGGAAGAAAAAGAACUCCAUUUCCCAAGAUUCACCAACAGCGAUGCCCUCGACCUCGGCCUCAAACUUGUCAUGCUCGUCAAGGACAAAGGCCCCUAUAAGGGUGUCACCAUCAUGAUCAGUCGCAACGGACAGGUUCUCUUCCAGCAUGCUAUGGAAGGCACAACGGUCGAUAAUGAGAACUGGAUCCGUAGAAAGGCCAACACGGUCGUACGUCUUCAACAUUCCUCCUAUUACAUUGGACGCCUGCUCGCCUCCAAGGGCGAGACCGAGAUGGAAAAGACCUACAAAGUUCCCAUGACCGACUAUGCCUGUCACGGUGGAGGAUUCCCUCUGCUCAUCAAGGAUGUCGGUUGCGUCGGCGCUAUCGUCAUGAGCGGCCUAAAACAGGAUGAGGAUCAUGCCUUGGUCGCCCAGGGCAUCCGGGAGAUGAUUGCCAGCAUGAAGCGAUAGAACGGGAAAAUCACCUUGUAUACUUUUGCCCUGGCCUAAAUAGAGACAAUGCAUACCUCAACUCCAUAUAUACUUUUCUACGACACUAUCUGGUGGU